AGACGGACGCGGUGUGAAAUGCAAGAGCACGUGCGGCAGUGAGGGGCGGCGCAUGCGUAUUUCAUGCGCGCUUGUGGGGGGGAGGCGGAGCUGCGUGUACGCAAUGCGUGAGUGUCAGUGCGUGAGCGUCGCUCCGCUCGACGUAAAGGAAAACCUUCCGGCUCGAACGUUGUUUUGUUGCGAUCGUAUACAGCACUCGGCAUUAUCGAUCUUUUGGUUUUGUCACUGAAUACUUCGAAAACUGCUUUCAUACUGACAGUCACUAUAAACUAUAACGUGAAUUGAAAUAUUUUGGACCUUAUUGGCUUCAAUAACUUUGUUUUGACAUGACACAAUCGACGUGUCUUCCUGAUUUGAUAUCACUGGCGUGUUUGUGUUGUGAUUGGUGAAUGUAUAUUAGUUUCCAAAAUGUGUGAAGUAGAGGACACGUGGCUUUUUUCCAACUUCUCCAGCAAGUUGCAGAUGAUAGAGGCUAACCACAAUGUACAAAUGAUGUCAGCGGUGGGCGCGGAGCCUAUGCUACGCCGCGUGAAGCAAGAGGCAGAGCCUCCGCCACAGUACUCCCCGCCGGACCACCAGGAACUGCAGAGACCGAUGAUUAUGCAGCCCGAGUUGGAGCUCGAGCCAAAAGAAGAGAUGAAGUUUUGCGUGUCCCCGGGUGACACAAUAGUGGGUAACACGAGCCCUGAGCAGCAGCACUGUUCGUCAACCACCGCCGCGGCCGCCAGCGGAGCCCGAGAUGACGACGCGCCACGCAGGCUGUGUCUCGUGUGUGGAGAUGUCGCUUCGGGGUUCCACUAUGGAGUGGCCAGCUGUGAAGCUUGCAAGGCGUUCUUUAAGCGGACUAUACAGGGCAACAUAGAAUAUACGUGUCCCGCGUCAAACGAGUGCGAGAUCAACAAGCGGCGGCGGAAGGCGUGCCAGGCGUGCCGGUUCCGCAAGUGCCUGCGCACGGGCAUGCUGCGCGAGGGCGUGCGCCUGGACCGCGUGCGCGGCGGCCGCCAGAAGUACCGCCGCGCGCCCGACCAGCCGCCGCAGCACGCGCCGCGCCCGCAGCUCGACGACAUCAAGGUCUUAGAAGCGUUAUCAUCGUACGAGCCGGAGUUGUUGACCUGCGGCGCGCCCCCCGCCGGCGUGACGGAGCCCAGCGCUAAGACCCUCGCGUUGCUGGCUGACCUGUAUGACAGGGAGCUGGUGAACGUCAUCGGGUGGGCCAAGCAGAUACCCGGGUUCACUGACCUGCAGCUUAAUGACCAGAUGCGGCUCCUCCAAAGCACAUGGGCGGAGAUGCUGAGCCUGACCAUCGCGUACCGCUCCAUGUCGGGCGGCGGCGGCACCGUGCGCCUGCGCUUCGCCAACGACCUCACGCUGGAUGAACAGCAGGCGCGGGAGAUCAAUGCAGGGGACUUGUUCGUACAGAUAGCGGGGGUGGCGAAGCGGCUGGAGCGCGCGGCGGCGCUGCGCGAGGAGUGCUACCUGCUGAAGGCGCUGGCGCUGGCCAACUCCGAGGCGCGCAUCGACGAGCACGCCGCGCUGCGCCGCUUCCGGGACGCCAUCCUGGCCGCGCUCAACGACGCCGUCUCCGCUCUAAGGCCAUACAACGCGAACGCGGCGCUGCAGCAGCUGCUGCUGGUGUUGCCAGCGUUGCGGCACGCGGACGUGGCCGUGCGCCGCUUCUGGUCCGGCGUGCACCGCGAGCGCCGCGCGCCCAUGAACAAACUCUUCGUCGAGAUGCUCGAGGCGUGCCUCCGGUAGGCUCCUUGCCAUUAAAAAAAUAAAAACUGGCGCCAAAUUUUGCGCGGGAAAUGAGAAGGGCUGUAUGAAAUGCAGUUUUGGCAAAUGAGUGUCGAGCAAGGAGUUUCCGAGACGUGUAAAAAGCUUCUUCUAGCUAUCGUGUACCUUCAUUCGUUGCCGGUCGGUGACAAAGUUAGUGAUUCCCAGACAAUCGUGUCAGUGUUGAACUUUAUUUUAAAUACGUGUGUUAACACGGCGCUGGGUCGCGACUAUUUUUAUUAAAAAUAAAAUUAUUUAAAAACGGAACAUAUCAGAACUUCGUAAUAGUUCUUCGUUCUUCGUAAAAGAUUUGUUUGCCAUAUUUUUGUUUAGUAUGCAUUUAAAUGUAUCUGAUUUCAGAAAAAAAGUAUAUUGUUGAAAUUGUGAUUUAGAUGUGUGAAUGUCUAUAGAUAUUUAUGUAUUGGCAGACUUUGUCUGUGGAUAAUGGCUGUGACGUGGCAGGCAAUCUUACGGAGGGCAACGGCAGCAUCGAGAAUGUUGUGUUCUGUCAAUUUUUAGGUUACUUUUGGCGGUAAAAACGUCGCGUCCCCGCGCCACCAAUGUACAAAACAAUGGACGGAUUUAGUACAAAACUUGUUACUAUUUUUGUAUAAUAUUAAAAUAUAUAUCUAGUUUUACUGUGCGGUAAGGUUUCGAGAUUAAGUAUUGUCGGGGAAAUAGUCUUCGCCCGUGAAGUAUCGUGUUUACUUUACCUAUUUAUAUUGUUGUAUAUUCAUAAGCUACAAUAUUUGAAAAUAUAUUUUUCUCGUGAAAGCAAAAUAUAUGAAACGUGGAGGUAUUUAUUAAAAAAGGGUAUUCUUUCUCCGACCAUACAAUACUCUAGCAUCUCGGUAAAUGCGGAGGCCGUAUUCGGCGCAUUUAUCUAACUUUUUAAAAAAUUUACUUUUGUUUUACGCUUUUCUAACGCGUACUGUUCGUUUCAUCAUUCGUUUGUAACAUGCAAACAGACAAGCAGUCAUUGAUGCAUAUUUUUGGAUUGAUUAACAGGAACUUUUGUAUACGGAGAAAUAUUUUUGUAUGUUACAAACAAAGUAUAUUUUUGCUUAUUGUAUCGUGACCAUCAAUUGAAAUAGACAUCUAUCAUAUAAUAUUAAUAUAAAAAUAAAUAGAAUGUAUUUUGUAGAACUGUUCCACUAAAGAAAUAUAUGUGUUUUUUUUUAUUUCGAUCAUUAUAAAAAUAUGUUUAUUUGUUAACUUAUACAUUUAUGUACAUAAAAAAUACUUUGUAAAUGUUGAAUGAAUUCUUAUACAAAAGUGGAACAGUAUAAAAUAUUAUCGAAAAAAUAUAAUACCUCAGUGUCUGUUACCAAUAACUGAAUGUCUAUAAAAUAUCUAAAAAAAUAUUGUUUUGUUACAUGGUACCGUGGUUGUAGUAAUAUUAAAAAGAAAAAACAUCACAAUGAAAAAAAAUGUAAAUAAAAAGGGCGCGAACGGAAACAUAUUAUGCCGCCAUAUUCUAUACUUAAAAAGUAAGAAAAGGCGCGAAAGUUGUCCUCUGUUCCAACUUCCAACCAAGGUACCGACCGCCGAAGAAACUUAAUUUUUAAUUCCAGUGAGUUAUUUAAUCUGUUGUAGUUAUUCUUAUGUUAAGAAUAUUACGUUAUUAUUAUUUUAUAGUAGUAAUCUCGCGCGGUGUAGGCGUAGUCGUAUAUUGUGAGAUGUGCCAGAAUUUUGUAGAUUUAAGGGCACUUGCGGUGUGCUUCGUUGUAAAUAUAAUUCGGUGGUUUACUAGAGGUGGUACUGAACACAAUUUAGAACGGAACACUCCGUUUAGCAUGGAUAAAAACCAAUUUUCCAUGGACAACUUAUUAGGCGUCAUACUACCAAUCUUUGUACUUUCGUGACCUGUGAAUUUGUUCCAGAAUCGACAAAAAUCGGCGAGUAACAAGAAGUUUUCAUUUAAUAGUUCUUGUCUGCGGCAAUCUGUUGGAAAGUUCUCGCCAUCAAUAUGGAAAUUCGGCGUUCAACUAUUAUAUGUUAUGUGUAAACAUCUCUUUUACUUAUAUGAAAUUAUACAUAAAUUGUAUGUUUCUUGAGCGAGACAAUAGGCUUUUGCCAGUUGCUUUUUCGUCGACAAUGGAAUAAGUGCUGAAUAUCAAAAUUCGCUAUUGUUUAUAGAAUUUUGACCAUGUCGAUCGAUGUUAAAUUGGUAGCCAUGCGUACAUAGUGCCCUCUUAAUGUUAAGUUUUAAAAUUAUAACUUCGUAUUUGAUCUGUGAUUACUUUACGAAAUAAUAUAGUUUGUAUGGGAAUUGAUUGUGGGUAAAAUAGGAUAAAUUCUAAAAAAAAUGUGAAUAAAACAAUAUUUAUUAAAAAUAAAACAUGAUAGCGCAUGUAUUGGUCGUGAUUAUAUGAAAUCUCAUUCUGAUGUGAUUUUCUUCAAUUAAUAUCAAUCCGGGUAAAAAAUUCAAUCACAUUUUUUUACCCGGAUUGAAACUAGCAUGUCUAUUGCUUAGGUUUUGUUAACAAAAAUCACAUCCGAUUUUUUCCACUAUAAGGCGACGAUAUGAAGUAGUUUUUAAUAAUUUGAUGUCGAUUUAUUAGUUUUCAAACUAACAAUUAUGUACUAAAAAAAAUACCUAAUAAAAAAUAAUACUACGUCUAUACGUGCGUACCAAUGCGACCUUCAAGUGAGCUUAAUUUGCAUCAUUCGAUGGGAGAUACCAUGGAUGGAGCAACACGGAGCCUCCUACAGACCAGAGGCUAGAAUAGACAACUUUGGGUUCUUUUGUCUCAGUUUUAUAUCGAAAGGAAUAUGGAACGUAACUUUAUAAUAAGUAGUUCUUUAGUAAUCUCAGAUCAAGUAGUAAUUAGUAGAUGACUCCAGCAACCUGUGUCUUACUUGUGAAUGGUACCUUUUCUUUACAAUGUUAUAUAAUGUGACCCGGUCCCAGACAUUGUCAAAUAAAUUAAAAAAUGGUGAAAUAA